AAAGCAUAGCAGUCUGUCAGAAUGACGUUGGUGGAUGGUUAAUCAGCUGAUUCCGAAAAAAACAAAAUAAUGCGGUUUUUAUCUUCUCAAAGAUGGUUUUUACUAUCUACAGUACAUGUUUAAAUUUGAGUGGAGUCUGUUGACAUGAUUUAUUUAGAUCAACAUCAUGGACAAGAUUUUAGAGGGCCUCGUGAGCUCCGACCACUCCAUUCCAGUCAAAAGGGCCAUUGUGAAAAAGGUGGUGGAAGCGGCAGAGAGAGAGGUGACAGAGGAGCAGUGUCGGGCCUUGUUUUCACUCACCACCCGCCUCAUCUUGCUCGGUGAAGAUGCUUUCCAGAAGCAGAUCGGCUCCCAGGUUCUCGAAGCAUACACACGCUACCACCGCCAGGAGUUUGAGCAUUUUUUUAGCAAAGACUUUGUAGUCAGUCUGCUUCAGCAGGGAUACGAGCAGCUGGACCACAGAGACCCUACCAUCAUUGAGUACAUCCACAGCUGCCUGCGUCUGCUCAUCAGCUGCCCCUCUGUGCUGGACAUCUUUAGUGUGAUCCAGGUGGAGGUCUUGAGGAUGGUGUGUGAACACCCCAAGCCUCUUCUGUGUUCCCAGCUGAGCACUUUGCUCACAGACUUUAUGCAGUGUGUACCAAAGGAUAAGUCUGCCGUUUUGUUUUGCCAGCAGCUGGUUAGAACCAUUAGUUACUUCCACUGCUAUGCUAACCAGGAACAUGAGCUAAGAGAGUAUGUUGGACAAGUGACUAAAGUUAGCACACUGCUGCAAAACAUCUGGAAGACGGAUCGAGCGACGCUGUUGCCGUCUCUACAGGAGGUUUUUGCUAUCAUUUCUUCCACAGAUCCCUCCUUUGACCCAUCCAAUGCAUUGGCCUGUCUCGUCCAGCAUAUCCCCAUACAAAUGAUCACAGUGCUUAUCAAGAGUCUCACCACAGACCCCAAUGUCAAAGAUGCCAGCAUGACUAAAGCACUCUGCAGGAUGAUUGACUGGCUGUCAUGGCCGUUAGCCCAACAUGUGGAUAUCUGGGUCAUCGCACUGUUGAAGGGACUUGCUGCGGUUCAGAAAUUCACGAUUCUCAUAGAUGUCACUCUACUAAAAAUUGAACUGGUAUUCAAUCGACUGUGGUUUCCUAUUGUUCGGCAGGGGGCCCUAGCCGUCCUUUCCCACAUGCUGCUAAGUUUCCAGCACUCUCCUGAGGCUUUCCAUUUGGUUGUUCCAAAUGUAGUGCAAUUGGUUCACUCCUUAAAAACAAACGGUCUUCCUACCAGUAAAGUCUUCUUGCUGCAGUUCACUGAGCUCAUUCACUGCAUGAUGUACCAAUUUUCGGGCUUUCCUGACCUCUAUGACCAGAUAAUAGAAGCCAUCAAGGAUUUGCCAAAACCAACAGAAGAGAAGAUCAAGUUGGUGUUGAAUCAAAGUGCCUGGACUUCUCAGUCCAACUCAUUUGCCUCUGGUCUAUUGAAGCAGCCUGGGAAGUCUGAGACAGGCAAGACUGGCCUGAUCAACCUGGGGAACACUUGCUACAUGAACAGCAUCAUCCAGAUCCUUUUUAUGGCCACAGAUUUCAGGAGGCAUGUUUUAUCCUUACAGCUAAAUUGCUCCAACACACUCAUGAAGAAGCUCCAGCUUCUCUUUGCCUUUCUUGCACAUACGCAGAGGGCAGCAUAUGCCCCCAAAAACUUCUUGGAAGCGUCUCGGCCUCCCUGGUUUAAUGCAGGCUCACAGCAGGACUGUUCCGAGUAUCUCAGAUUUCUUUUGGACAGGUUGCAUGAAGAGGAGAAAACUAUCAGGGUUCUGGAGUCGGCUAAGCCAAACUUUUCCCCGUCAUUUGACGCGGACAGCAAAGACCCCAAAACUCUGACAUCUUCCAAGGAACACGGGGAAUGCUGUUCCAAUGAAGCAGAGGCAAAAUCUGCAAACGAUGGAAGGACUUUAAUCGAAAAGAUGUUUGGGGGAAAGUCCGUUACUGGCAUUCGCUGCAUGCAGUGCAACUGCAUAUCUGAAAAAGAAGAGCCUUUUACAGAUCUCUCUUUGGCCUUUUGUCCGUCUGCCUCCACCCAGGACAGCCCUAAACCACAGAGGCCCUCGGAAGAGCCAAAGGUUCUCUGCCAGGGAUCUGUCAACGGUGGCAGUGAAGCCCCCGAGACUUCGUCAGCCAGCUCUUUAACUAAAGGCGUCCAUUAUGAUCAAGUGACAAGUGAGCCUCCACUCUCUGUGCCUGACCUGGUGAACUAUUUCCUGGCUCCAGAGAUCCUUGAUGAGGACAAUGCCUAUUUCUGUGAGAAGUGUCUCUCCCUGCAGAGGGCAGAGAGAAACAUGAAAGUGGUGACUGCACCAGAGUACCUGAUACUAACCCUGCUCCGAUUCUCAUAUGAUGCCAAGUGCCACGUCCGCAGAAAGAUUCUGGACAAUGUCACCAUCCCGCAAGUGUUGAGACUUCCUGUUCAUGCCUCUUCCUCAUCUGCACAACAGUCCUCUGCAAGCUCCUCUCCUCUGCAAGUAGAAUAUCCCGAGAGCAGCGAGAACCUGGCCAAGAAACUUAAACCAUCGCAAAGGGAUGAGGAAGACGAAACGAAGGCAAGAACGGAUGGAGAUGAGACCAACAAGUCAGAAGGGAACCCAUUUCAGUCAGUGCCCUAUGCCCUCAUUUCAGUAGUGAUGCACUCUGGGAUGUCAUCUGAGAGCGGCCACUACUACUCUUAUGUUCAUAACACAAAUGGAGAUGAAACGCAGUACCAAGCCAGUCCCUCUCCUGUCAAAGAUUCUUCGGAAAGCGAGGAGGCUGCUAGUAACCUCAGCAUAUGCACAGCCGUCCCAACUCCAACUAAGAUGGACAGCAGUGGACAGGAAGCCAAGAGUUGGCUGCUGUUUAAUGACAGCAGGGUGACAUUCACCUCUUUCCAAUCAGUGCAGAACAUUACUAAUCGCUUCCCUAAGGACACAGCUUACGUGCUAAUGUACAGAAAACAAGAGCUAGCCGGGCCUAGUUUAAACGAGGGACAACAGGCAAACAGAAUGAGAAUAAGUGCUGAGCCUCCUCUGCAUAAAGAAUUACUGGAUGCUAUUAUCAAAGACAACAAGUUAUAUUUGCAGGAGCAGGAACUCAGCGCCCGGACCCAGGCUCUUCAGGCUUCUUCAUCCUCGUGCUCAUUCAGGCCCAACGGUUCAGAUGACAAUAACCCACCAGGGAGCUGCGGCCCAUCUGGAGGAGGAGGAGGGGGCGGGGGCUUCAAUACUGUUAGCAGACUGGUCUUCUGAGGAUUAAAAGGAAAAAAAAUGAAAGAAUGAACAUCCAAUUUAACUGAUAAGUACACAAAGCUGAAUUGUCAUCCUCUGUACAGACUACAACCUCAAAAAGUUGCACGGAUGAAAAUGACGAACAAGUGAAAACAUGAUCUGUCCUGACUCGGAUUCCUGAAUUUAACUUUGGAAAAAGUUUAAAGAUUUUUUUCUUCUUUUCAGCAUCUGGUCAUUAUUUAUUUAGUUUUGUGUGUGAUUAUUUGCAUCAUUUUUUUCAGUUUAGCAGCUUGGGGAUUGACAUGCAUUGGUGCAAAGGGAAAUGCAAGUGAAAGAACAACUCAGCAAAACACGAUUAAUGUCCUUUGCUAAAAACAUUUUGAUUUAAAAAAGAAAAAA